UAGACGAAGCCGCCGACGAGGAGCGCCGAGACUCACACACCCACAGCGACAGAGAAGCCGCCGGAAUCCCAGAGAAGCGGCGGAGGAGAUGCUUCUCGAGGAGCUGCUCCGCUGCCAGAUCCACGAGUGGUACCCAGCCUUCCGCCGCCACUCCAUCCCCACCGUCAUCAUCCCGCUCCCCGCCGCCUUCCUCCGCUACCUCGCUGGAAAAGCGGCCUAUCCCGACGCCGACGCCGACUCCGAUGAGGAACCGCUCCCGUUCCUCCUCCCCGCGAUAACCUCCGGCCGCCAGCCCUUCGCGCCCAUCCACGCGCACCACCCCGACCCGGUCUCCCUCCUCAACUCCGAGCUCUUCUUCGGCUCCAGCACCGAGGACGUCCACGACCCCGACGCGGACCACCCUCACCGGCCGGAGUUCCCGGAGCUGGAGGCGGCCAUCGACGCCGCCAUCGCGGAGCUAGGCGGCGCCGCGCUCCCCAAGCUCAACUGGAGCGCGCCCAAGGACGCCACCUUCAUGUCCGCGGACGGCACGACCGGGUGCACGUGCUUCGCCGAGGUUGCCAUGCUGCUCCGCGCCUCCGACUGUGUGGCCCACGACCUUGCCUCCGCGCGCCAAUCGUGCGAGGAUUUUGUGCACCCGGAGGGUGCUCGACGGAAUGCCCGGAAGGUUAGUGCUGGUGCCGAGGAAGGUGCUCGGCCAAAUGCCAAUGAAACUGAUUGUAGCAGAGGCAUCAAUGAUGCUCCGAGUGAUUCAAGGGAGAUAGGCGAGGAGGGAGGCAAGACAAAUGCUGUGGACUGUGAUUUGAAAGAUGCACCGGAAGAAGAAAGAUACGGGGAUACUUGGGUGGAUGAUGGCUUCCAAUACUAUCUUGCCCUCCGCAAGUGGUACCCAGGCCUCCGCCCAGAGUCAGAGUUCAGAUGCUUCGUACGGGAGCGGAAGCUGGUUGCUGUGUCCCAGAGAGAUGCAUCAGCUUACUACCCAUCAUUGCCUGGAUGGAGUUCUGAGGUACAACCAAAGAUUGAGGAUUUUUUUGAGGAAGUAAUUGAGCCACAGUUUGGCUCAAACAGCUAUACAUUUGAUGUGUAUGUGAGAAGUGAUGGGCGGGUCAAGUUGAUAGAUUUCAAUCCAUGGGGUGGUUAUACCUUGCCGCUGCUGUUUACUUGGGAGGAGCUUGAGGAGGAAGGAAGAGGGCAUGAGCUAGAGUUUAGAGUGGUCAUGCAGCAGGGUGCAGUCAGGCCAGGAUUGAUGACAGCAGUGCCAUAUGAUAUGCUGGAUUGGGGGGAGGGAAGUGGCUGGGAUGUUUUUCUGAAGAAGGCUGAUGAAGAGCUCGGCAGACAGAUGAACUCACCAGAUGGUCAUUCAUAAUCGCAUUUCAGGAUGUUUGAAGUAGCACUAGGUGCACAACUUAAAGUGAUGGCUUCCGAUUUUUUAACCUGCCACAUACUAUUAGUCCCUUGCUUUCUUAAGAUUGAUAUGCAGUCUCAUGCGACAAUGCUGUUAUUUUUUUUUGUUACUCUUAUAGUGCUAAGUUGUUAGUGCAGAUCACCUCUUAUAGUCUCAUUGCGUCAUGUAUCAGUUAUAAUCUCUCACAUAAUUCAUAUGUGGUUUAGUGGAGCUGAUGGUUAGUACUUGAAGCUGCAGAAAUGUUUUUGCAGUGAAAAUUUAUUGCCCUUUUGCUCAGCUGCAAUGAGCAUCCCUUA